GCCUCAACUUUUAUAUAAGGCACAGAGAGAUGGCAUUUCUCAGGACAUUGACGACCACAGCAGCCUCAGUUCUUCCUGCAGCGGUUGUGGUUGCAACUGUCUGGUCUUCGUCCGACGACCCUUCUCGCACUUGUAAGCCAUUUUUCUCCAAGCCACUGAACCUUCCCUUCCCCUCCACCUCGAUCCUCAGCUCUGAUCGUUUGAGUCUUAGUCUUGCAAGAAACCUUAGUCCUCAACACUCCGCUGUUCGAAUGGACUCGACCACUUCGGAGCAGGCGCCUCCUCGGCAGGAGGACGGAGUUCUUCCGGAGCUAAUGACAGAGUUCAUGGUGGACAUGACAUGCGAUGGCUGUGUAAGCGCUGUCAAGAAUAAGUUAAUGACUAUCGAUGGGGUUAAAGGAGUUGAGGCUGAUUUGAGUAACCAAGUUGUCAGGGUUACUGGCUCUUCAUCUGUGAAGACAAUGCUCGAUGCCUUGGAACAGACGGGUCGAAAAGCUCGGUUAAUUGGCCAGGGCAAUCCUGGAGGUGAAAUGGUAGCGAAUGUGGUAUCAGAGCAGGUCAAGUGUACAACUCCUGGGAAGGGUAAAAAUCGGGUAAGGGCUGGCACUUCUUCUCCCUCGGUUCUGAGCAAAGAAAUGCCGCAUGAGCUCCAUCUGCAAGAUUUUUUAAUUUCGGCUGCUGUUGCUGAGUUUAAAGGUCCCCAAAUUUUUGGUGUCGUUCGCUUGGCCCAGGUGAAUAUGGAAUUGGCAAGAAUUGAAGCCAGUUUUAGUGGUCUGACACCUGGAAAACAUGGUUGGUCCAUCAAUGAGUUUGGAGAUCUGACAAAAGGAGCAGCAAGCACUGGGAAAGUAUUCAAUCCAACAAAUCAUGUUGUAACAGAGACGCCUCUCGGUGACUUGGGAACAUUAGAUGCUCAAGAUACUGGUGAGGCCUUCCUCACCGGCGUUAAACAGAUGCUUAGAGUUUCUGAUCUCAUUGGUCGAUCCAUCGUGGUGAACAAAACUGAAGAUAAAUCAGACGCAGGCAUUGCAGCUGCAGUCAUAGCUAGAAGUGCAGGAAUCGGUGAGAACUAUAAAAGACUCUGUGCAUGCGAUGGCACCACAAUAUGGGAAGCGAGCAAUAAUAGUUCUACUGUCAGCAAAGUCUAUAUAGGGUAGUUUUGUGAAUGAGUUAUUAGUUUCCUUGUAUUUUAGUUUUGCUUGUAUAAUUUUUCAUUAGGGAUCUAAAAACGUGCAAUUCAGAUCGAAAUCAAGUUGAUUUGGUCUGAGAAACCCUAGAAUCGGCAUAUUCGAAGAAUAUUAUUCCAACGAUUCUAGUGUUUUUAUCCAGCAAUCAGCCUUGUUGACUCUGUCAAAAAUCUGGAUUAGUGAUCGCCUAUUCUGAUCUAAAUUGGGCAAUUCCUGAUCCGAUUCGCCUUGCUGAUUCUUGAAACCCUGGUUUCUAUUCAUUGUACAUGUUUGGUGGUGUAAUAGAGGGUGUGCAGAAACAAUAUUCCAUGUACUAAAAGCGAACAUUUUUUUUUUUGGGGAUCAAACGACUUGUGAUACAUUUCUUUAUUGAA